AUCAGUUUCCAUAACGUCCCGGCCAUCUCUCUUCUCUCUCUCUGCUCUGCUCAACGGAUAGAGACUCCGAGACUGAGACAGAGACGCCAUUCCCUCUCCCUCACACCACGCCAAACCAAAACCCCUCUCCCUCCGCCUCAGAUCUCACCUCUCUUCCGCCUUCUUAUAUACCUUUCUCGCCGGAACUCUGCUCGCAUUCAUCGAUCUCAAGCAUCACACAGUCGGAGGCAGCGAGAGAAUAUAAGCAAGAAGCAGAGAGAGGAUGUGUUGCUGCGGGAGCAGGAUGUGCAUGCUGUGCACGUGCCUCAUCCUUGUGGUGAUCCUGAUCGGGCUCCUCUUCGGCUUCGGCGUAUUCAAGCAUGGCUUCCACAAGGUCAAGGACACCUUCGACGCCUGCGACCCUCACCACUUCAAUGCCACCUUCUGCGGCUCUCGCGUCACCGGCAGGCCCUUCUUCGCUCCUCCCCCCCUUCAGUAACUGAACUAGAUAUGAUAUCCGAAUCUGAUUGAUCCAUUGAUCGCCGGCUUCCGCUUGAUUGUUUCCCUCUCCCCGUGUUUUCAGUUUAUUCCGUUAGGUUUUGAAUUUCUUGGCGGGCAGCUGGUGUAGAUAAUCUUGGUUGGGUCAUGGAUUUUCAAAUUAUGGUUUGAUCGAUCCUCAUUCGAUGAUUUAUCGGAAUUACUACUAUCAUUGUUACUGAUUCUCUGGAUCGCAAUGUUGUUCGAGAAUAAAUCCAACAUCACAACUCCCUUUUUAA